AAUAACGGUUCGUGUUUGACCUAAUUAUUAGGCUAUAUAUCCCCUCUGAUAAGGCACAAAUUCUGGUUUGCUCUGAAGGCGUGGUUUUGUAUCCCUGACGUUAGCCUGAAUUUCUUUCAUUGAUAUUCAGUCGAGUGCCCUGGUGGAGAGAUGUGCGCGUAAAUAGCGCAGUAGACUAAUCAAAACGAAAAUGAUAUGAAACGGAGACAAAGACGCACCAGGAACCAUUUGGGGCUCAUUGGUGAAACUCCUCCAGUUUGGAUAUUUUUCUAUCUGUGAUUAACUUUAAAAAGAUUGUCAAAAAUGGACACAAAAAGGACCGUCACUGUCCAAAUGGUUCCUCAGCUUGCCCCCGUGGACGCUUUAGGAAAUAAAGAGUCCAACGCUAACUGGGACCCACAGCUUAAUCUCAACUUAUCACACGCCUGCCCUGUUCCAACCCAGGAGCCCAAAGCCACUCCGGCUACAGAGCUGCUGACGACCCCCAACAAAUCCACCACUCCACACACCCAAACCUUGAGCGAGGCGCCCGGUGCAAGGCCUGUCAGUCCCAUGCUGUCCACCAACAGUGUGCAGGGCAAGCCCGGUGGGCUGCCGAGGGACGAGAAGCAGACGGGCGCGGGCACCGGCGAGCUCAGCAGUCCGGAGGGCUCCGUGGAUCGUAACGCCAACAUCAGGGUGCCCGCCGCCUCCCCGCUGCCCUCCCCUGCUCCGCCCUCGUUAGCGCCCGCCGUCACGGCCGAUUGCGGCAGCCCUGGACUGUCAUCCGCAGUCACGUCGCUUACAUCAUCAAAGGGUGACAAGCAGACAAACGAUUGCCAAGACAAAGCGUCGGCGCCCAGGGAGGGGGAAGGAGAAAACGCCGCAGCCCCGGAGCAGAACCACAGAUCACGCGCCUCCGGAGCGUCGCCCAGCACGGCUGCCAAACAGGCGGCUCUGCAUCAGAACCCAGCGCCCACAGGUGAACUAGAGAACUCUCUGGCCAGUGAGAGCAAACAUCCCCAACAGGACAAGACAGACAAUACAGUCUCCAGCACAAAGCCCCCUCUGUCACAGUCAUUGCCCUCGAAGGACUGCAGUGGUGUUACAGUGUCAUCAGUGCCAACAACUAUAACCAUUAACAUCAACACUGGACACUCAACUCCACCCCAGCCAGACACUAAGACAGAGGCCCCGGAGACCACACAGACCCCCAACAGCCCCCGAUCACAAACAGACCCAGUAAAGGCUGAUCAACUGCAGCCGGACCACAGGAAAGAGACGGCAGGCUCUACCAACGCUGCAACAGCUGACAAGACUGCAGAGGCAUCCCUGACAACAGAGAGCAGUCCGGUAGUGACACAGACGGAGUCAACAGCGCAGGCCAGCUCCCUAAAGCCCUGUGCUGCCCCCUCGCCUGCUCUCUCAGCUGAGAACACCACCGCUCCUCCUCACAGCCCGACACAGAGUCAGACACAGAGUCACGCAGAGGUGACCGACGAGGCCCUCCAGACGCAGGGAGGCGGCGCGUCGGAUGACCAGAGGUCCAGCCACAGCAAACUGUACUGCGAGGCCUCCACGAUGACCGCCACGCCGGACGCCAGCCCCGCCCCGGCCAAGCAGCGGCAGGACGUGGAGGUGCAGGCGGUGGCUAACGUCCGUAACCAGUGCGUGUCCACCAGCCCCAGCCUCUUCCCUCAGGCCCUCCCUCACAAGAUGGCCGCCAGCCCCCAGGCAGAGGAGGCCGAGAGCCUGACCAUGGUGUACCAGGUGGAGGGGACGGGCAAACACACGCUGCUCUCCACUCAGACUCACACGGCCUCGGCCACGGCGCCGGCUCCAAUCUCCUCCACCCAAGCUCCACAGUCAGGGGCGGCCCACACAGACGCUGCCCAGCAGCAAGAGGCCAGUCUGGGGGCCAAACACAAGGAGCCGGGGCCCUCGUCAUGCAGUGCCCAGAAGGCACUCCCGCCCCUGCAGCCUGUUUACCAGAUCAGCAUAGAGCCGUGUGGCCAGAGCACCCCUCAGGCCAGCUGCGGUCCCCCUGGCCACGCAACAGAGGCGGCCACCACCGCAGCAGCGCCCAGCAAGGGCCUCGCGGACCAGAAGGGCCCAGGCACGGAGAAAGCGGCCCCGGCACAUUGUGCCACGCCUGCGGUGGAGCCGGUGCCGGUGCCGGUGCCGGUGCCGGUGCCAGUGCAGUCCGCCAAGCCUCCCGCCGACAAACCACAGUCGGAGUCACGACCGCCGUCCACCAGCGCAGCCAAGACAGAGGGCAAGCAGUGUACUACUGCUGCUGUAGCCGUCGCCGCGCCCGCCUCAAGCUCCGCCGCUGCUGUAGCCGUCGCCGCGCCCGCGCCCGCGUCAAGCUCCGCUGCUGCCAAGGAGAAACGGAAAAGCGGCGGGGCCGUCGCCACGGCCACCACCGCAAAGAGCUCAGCCGAGCCCAAACUGGAGCCGGACCGGGAGGUCGAAGACGAGGACUACGCCAAACUGAUGAAAUCGGUGCACGACGUCUUGUGGGACGAUCAGGGCAUGACGUGGGAGGUGUACGGCGCCUCGGUGGACCCCGAGUCCCUGGGCUACGCCAUCCAGAGCCACCUGCAGUGCAAGAUCAAGGAGCACGAGAAGAAGAUCGUCACGCAGACCAGCAUCCGCAAGUCCAUCUCCGCCGAGUCCCCCGCCAUCAAGAAGAGCAAGCGGAGGCACACCAACGUCUUCAGGUCCAUGUUCCAGAACGUUCGCCGGCCCAACUGCUGCGCGCGUCCCCCCCCGUCCGCCGUGCUGGACUGAGGUGGACGAGGCGGUCGUCUGGGUGACCGCAGACAGCUGUGAUAACCGCGGACACCUUGACCAAUCCCAUUGUUCCGCCUGUGACUGCCUCAGCUGAACGCAUGAUGAGGUUUUCUCCUCCUUACUUCCUGAGAGAGUGGUUGAGUUGGAGGUCACCAUUGCAAAGGCAGAGACAGGGAAAAAGUGAAGAGUUUAUCACACGAGAAGAACAACCAGUUAUCAAAUCAAUUGAUAUAAAUCUUAUUUUUAGAUAUAGAUAAGAUGUUAUACGUAUUUAGAAUGAAAAUGGCAAUAAUAAGUCAUAUUAAUAACAAUAAUAACUAGUAAAAUGCAUGUGUAUUAGUUCUAAUGACAGACUUAGUACCUCAUACCGAAAGGGGUCAAUAAUAUGCAUUGCACUGAUCUAAAGGCAUAAAUGUGUUGCUGUUUGCAUAUCUUUUUACAAAACAAUAACACCUUGACCUCCUUGACUUGGUGGAGUUGGUGCAUUUGGUAUCUGUUUGUUUAAUGUACCUGAGGGUGUAUUGAGCUCUCUUGUUUAUAACAGAUUGAUAAGUUGGUUUAGAUUUUUUUUAAACUUAACGCAUUUCUUUUGGAUGAUUUAUUACAUUGUCUUGAUAAGGAAACUUUAGCCUGUUGUGCUUGUUGCGAUAUUUGUUGUAAACUGGGCUUCUGUGCAUUUAGGUGCUGUUCAAUUGUCUCUGCUCUACUGGGUUUAUAUUAAAAUGUUCAACUAAA